AUGGGAAAGAAGCUUUUCCUGAGGGUACUGAUUAUCAUCUUCAAAACAUUUGGGAAGUCCAGAAAAACAUAUAUAUCUUUUGAGGAUAUUUUCAAACACAUCCAAGAGCUUCAGGAGUCAUUAUCUGAGCAUAAAACGGGGGAAUGUCUUCUGCAAGACCACAAGUUCUGGACAGAUCUCUGCACAGUUUUGGGAGUACCAAACACAUCCUCAAAUAGAUAUCAACUAAAAAGGGCAUACAAAGAUGAAAAUGUGAAAAAGGUCCAAACGGAGGAAGAUGGAAGGGAAGAUGAAGCAGAAAUUGAAGGUGCAGAAGUGGAAAAGGUUACACAACACAGAAGUGAUUUUCAUCAGGAAGAUGAAAAAGAACAUUCUAACAAGAAAGACAUCAUACAAGACGAAGACGUUUUAAAAUCAGAAGGGGGAAAGAAAGAAUCUAAAAAACAGAAAGAGUUUAAGCAAGUGGAUAUAAAUAAAGAUGACUCAAAGGAGGUGAAAGCAGCACUAAAAGAGGUAGAUGAGGAGGAAAAUGCACCAGAAAUUGAAGUUGUAAAGGAGGAAGAAUUUACACAAGAGAUGACUACAUUUCAAAAGGAAGAUGAUAAAGAGCAUACAAGGGAGGAGGACCUAAUACAGGAAGAGGAAGACUUAACAGACGACAUUGCACAGGCCUAUGACAAAUAUCACAAGGUGGAAGACAGUGACAGUUGGAGUGAUACUGAAGAUGAUGUCAGUCUUGACAAAGAAGAUGAAUUCUUUACAGAGAGUGUUCCUGCACCAUCUUUUUUUUUUAUUCCUCGAACGGCCUGGAGGAAACUACGAAAAACAAAGAAAGGAUCACUUUAA